ACGACACGAAUACACGCACACGCCCACGUUAAGUGCACGCAGACGGCUCACCUCGUAGCAGCACGUGAGCUGAUGCCUGGGGCGAGAAAAAGACAGAGAGAGAGAGAGAGAGAGAGAGAGAGAGAGAGAGAGAGCACGCGAGCCAAAGAGAGAGAGAGAGAGAGAGAAAGAGAGAGCACGCGAGCCAAAGAGAGAGAGAGGGAGUGCAAAAGUGGACUCCCUUAAAGAGGACGGAUUACGCCUUACUACUCCCACUCGGAACGCACGUUUCUGCGCGCCACCCCUCUUUUCGAACAAAUGAGAGAAAGAGCGAGAGAGCGAAAAAGGAUCCGUCUGUAUAGUUACGGAAGGAAGAAUCCGUUAUAAGUAUCAGUGCGUCAAGUGUGUCGGAGAACAGUGUUCGGGUCAUCUCGGAAGUAGCAACAACAGCGGCAGCAGCAGCAUUGGAUUCGAAUGCUGCAGAUGCGCUUUAGUAUCGGCACCGAGCAUGUGCAAGACUCGCUCACAGGACAAUACCGCAGCGACGGAGCAGACGGACGCACAGCAGCCGUCGCUUCGGGGAGCCGGUUGCGAUGCAGCUACGCUGCCGGUGGUCGCUGCCGAGGACGCCAGGACCAUGCUGCAAAUUCUCAGCAGAGACCAGCGCACUACUUACCACAGGCUGGCCAGCAGCGGCGCGACCGGCAGCGGCACUAGAGCCCCAGCGACGCGACAGCCCCCGGCCCAGUCUCAAAAGCCGGCGCAGCCGAGCGCGGACACCGCCAGCAGCGCCAGCCCCGGCUUCUGUCCUCUGCCGGAGAUCCUCGGUCUGAUCGGCGACUCGGUGUCCUGGCAUCAUUCCCGCGCCAAGCAUCACGACCGCGAUGAGCUGCAGCGUUGCCGCCAACUUCGACAACACCAGCACCCUCCUGCGACUGCGAGGUGCUUUGACACGGCCAAGGGUAACAAUCGGACGCAUAAAGCCCCCUCCGACGUUGCCGUGGAUGUUGAGCGGCAACUGCAACCGCAGCGGACUUGUAAAGUGCAAAGUAAUAGCUGUGUCGAUAGUGAGGAUGACAACAUUGUCGUGCUUAGCCAGAACGAUUCACCGGCCUCCUCCUAUUGUCAGCCCCCGAGCAACACCUACCGAAACAAAUCACGCGUCUCCUUCGUCACGUGGUUGAGUUGCGUUUGCUGUAUUGCAGGGCUCGUCGGGCUGUUAGUAGCGCUGUUGUUGGUCUCUGUGGAGAGCGCCCCGACGGCUAUGACAUUGGAAUCGCGCAGGCUCGACCAAGCGCCCAAGUGGCUUAAUCCCUGUGGGUUUGCCGCCGAGGAGUUCGAAGGUGACAUCGACGUCGUCCAGCUGAACGACGCAACCCUCCUCGGUAAUAUCGUCAUGCAGGCUAAGACGGCUCUUAACUACGCUCAUGGUUUUCGCGACGACUUUAUCAAGAAAACUUUCAACACCGACUAUGCCGAUCUUCAUUUGACAUGGAAAGAUAAUCAUUACGACUGGCUUCCCGGUCCGAAGCAGAUACCGAAAAUGCUCGGCGAGCAUUUGGAUCAAGAUUAUCUUCACAAGCUGGAAGUUCGUAUGCUCGAUACAGCACUAUUAGAUGCCUAUGAAUAUAUGCAGAGGUACGCUGUAGGGCUGGAGCAGAUAGCGUGGGAUCAGGAAGACUAUGCUCUUGAUUUUCGCAAGCAAUUCAAAGAUACAGAGUACAAUCUUCGAUCGGUAUUAUGCGAGCUGCAAAUGGCAUUGGCCGAGCGUGGCGUGACGCCAAGGGCAGAUGUAACCCGCGACGUGAUGUCCGUCGAGUUCCGCGAUAUGUCGGAAAGUGCGACUUAUCGUAACCUGCGAGAUUGGCUGAUCUUCCGCGACUACAUGAACGGCCUGGAAUACGUAGUUCAGGUGUUUGAACACUUUAUCCGGUGUUUUGAAUCUUAGGCAAGUUGCCGGCCUCGUCGCUGUCUUAGCCACCUUCAUUGCGCGGAUUGCAGCUGAGUCGGCCAAACGACUGAUCACAAUUGAGCACAAUAUUUAUUUUCGGACAAUUUAUCUGCUACUUCAAGACACAGACCCGUGUACUGUCAGUGCAACCAUUAAACUCUUCUCGGCCGUUUUCAAGUGCAGCAGCAACCUACUGACGAUUGCAAACUUUGCAUCUUUCUUUCGACCAAGUUCAAACAUUCAUCUAUCGAUCGAUCACCAUCGGAUUCACCGAUUUUUCUACAUCCCCGAUAUAUUUGCAUUUGAUUGACAGAAUCGCUGAAAAAUUGAUGUUGCUCAACCUCCUUCUACGCGCGUUGCUGCUUUGGUGCUUCGAUUAUUCGAAAUGCAUGUGUAAGCGAAUCAAUAAACAAUGACAAAUUAGCUUAUUGGCUAUGUUGAUUUAGCUUUUAUAAGAGUAUGGCUUUUAUUAAACAAACACGAUUACUUCUGUCUGUCAAAAUGAUGAGUAUUGUAUUUACAACAGUGACAGUCAGGCAGAGAAAUUCUGCGAUUAAAGAGCUUCGGUAAGCAGAAUUGUAACUGAGAUUUCGUAUAGAUUCGUUUAGCGAGAUAUCCCGACCAGAUAUAGUAUUCAAUAAAUUGCUAAAUAAAUGAUUUACACACACACGCGCGCGCGCGCGCACUCAUGCACACACACACACACACACACACACACACACACACACACACACACACACACACACACGCGCGCGCGACCUACGAGAUGCAAAAACGAUAAAGAGAAGCUUUAAUGAAAUAAUUCAGCUCAAAAGUAUUUUAGCUUUUAAUUUAUUGUAAACCUUUCUACAACGUAGGCAAGUUAAAAAAAUGUAUGAUGCAUUUAUAGAGCAAAAUCUGUGUAGCCACAGAUUUUCAAAAGCUACCUAGACACUGAGUGUCGAGUUUGAAAACUUGCUGAAACACCGUUGUAUUUAUCAAUUUCAUCUGCGAUAGAUAUUUAUUGAACGAUAUUGUAAUUAGUAGCAUAUUUUCAAUUCUAUUAUAUUUUUAUUUAUUCAGAUUAUUUAUUUUAUUUUUGUAAAAACCAUGCAUUAAUUAUAAAAAUAAAUUAUGUAUUUAAGUAAGUAAAUGUGUAGGUGUGCAUCUAUAGUAUUAAAUGACUAGCGAACGUGAAUAAAUUUUGAUUGGGUACAUGCGCACGCCAGACGUUCUGAAAUUCAGUAUACCCCUCGCGAAUGGCCGUCCAAAAGCGAGCAAUGAGCCGCGAUAUUGUGCUGAAUAAGUAAGCUAAAUAUUGCAAUCUUUCUUAAUAUUUUGCAAGGUAUUUCUUUAUAAAGGAAUUGAAUUUCGUAAUGUGUUAAUUUUUGCGAGAAAACAUUCCAAGUUGUAGUAUACUACGAUCCAUGGUCGAUGAUCGAUAUUUUAAUUUCAAUUGACUCGACAUAAUAAAAUCUGUAGAAUUAAAAGAAAAACCUGCGCUCUACAUACUUGAUUCAUUCAAUAUCACUUUCUUCUCUUUCCGCUUGUACUGAUACUGAUGAGAAGUAAGAAUAUCGAUAGUAUAAAUGAUGUUGUUUGUAUGUUUAUUGUAUGUUCUGCGUACACGAGCAGAGAUACUGUCACGUAUGUAUGUCAAAGAUGAAUUCAGAUCAAAUACUGAUACUGAAACUUGAGAUGAGACUUGGCACAUUUCCUGGUGCUUAUUUCAACGAAAAUAAAAGAAAUAAAACAAAAAAUGAA